GAGCCCAGAGAAGCUGCGCUCACGGGUGGCCGCUGCUAUGGAGCCUCUGGGAACAGCAACCAUUUUCCUGGCAAUCUGCUUCUCCUGCCUUGUCUUCUUUGUGGUCAGGCGCAGCAGGCCAGGGGAUAAGAAGCUGCCCCCUGGCCCAGUUCCUCUGCCCAUUAUAGGGAAUGCUCUGCAGUUGAAGAUGAACAGCUUGCCUCAGACUCUCCACAAGCUCAGUGAAAAGUACGGCCCUGUCUUCACGCUGUAUUUUGGAGCGGAACGUGUCGUGGCUCUGUACGGCUAUGAAGCAGUCAAAGAAGCCCUAAUUGACCACGCAGAUGAAUUUGCUGCAAGGGGAAGCCUGCCAAUUUCUGAAAAAAUCAAUAAGGGGCAAGGAAUUAUAUUCAGCAAUGGGGAGAAAUGGAAAGAGAUCAGGCGUUUUGUCCUCACCACCCUGCGCAAUUAUGGAAUGGGAAAGAAAAGCAUUGAGGAGAGGAUCCAGGAGGAAGGCCAGAGGUUGCUGGAGAAGCUCCGAGAUACCCAGGAGAAGCCAUUUGAUCCAAAGUUUCUGCUCAGCUGUGCUGUCUCCAAUAUCAUCUGUGCCAUUAUCUUUGGGAAGCGAUUUGAAUAUGACAACAAGAGGUUUAUGUAUGCUAUGGACUUAUUCAAUGACAACUUCAAGGUUCUGAGCUCUGCUUGGGGACAGCUCUACACUCUCUUCCCCUCUUUCAUGGACUUCAUUCCUGGGCCUCACCACAGAGCGAUAAAAAAUAUGGCCAGCAUAAAAGAGUUUGUUUUAGAGGAGAUUGAGGAGCACAGAGCAACUCUGGACCCCAAUGGACUUCGGGAUUUUAUUGACUGCUUCCUUAUUAAGAUGGGCCAGGAAAAAGGUAACGGUGGGUCUGUGUUCACUGUCGACAGCUUGGCUAUAACCACUUCUGACUUGUUUGCAGCAGGAACAGAGACUACCAGCUCCACAUUGAGAUAUGGGUUAUUGAUCCUCCUUAAACAUUCAGAGGUACAAGAGAAAGUGCAUGAAGAAAUAGAGCGAGUGGUUGGCCGAACACGAAGUCCUUGCAUGGCCGAUCGUGGACAGAUGCCUUACACAGAUGCUGUCAUCCACGAGAUCCAGAGAUUCAUCUCUCUGAUCCCACUGAGUCUCCCACAUGCAGUGGUCAAAGAUACCCCAUUCAGAGACUAUGUCAUCCCAAAGGGCACCACCAUCUAUCCUAUUCUGAGCUCCGUGCUUCAUGACAACACAGAAUUUCCAAACCCCAAAGAAUUUGACCCACAACAUUUCUUGCACAAAGAUGGCACCUUCAGGAAGAGCAACUUCUUCAUGCCGUUCUCAGCAGGUAAGCGCAUCUGUGCGGGAGAAGGUUUGGCUCGCAUGACGCUCUUCUUGUUCCUCACCACCAUAUUGCAGAACUUCAUGCUGAAGCCCCUCACUCACCCCAAGGACAUCGAUCUCACGCCCCAGCUGAGCAGCUUUGGCAACGUACCCCAGUCCUAUCGGCUCUCUGUUGUCCCUCGCUGAGAAGGGUGCAGGACUGGGGCGAGCUGGACACGUGUCCUGGGCAUGGAGUUCAGUGGCUAAGCAUUUAUUGACUGUACUGUCUAUAUGGAGCUAGUGUAAAACAAAAACAAAAACUGGUCAUUUAAUUUCCUUUUUUAAAAUCAACAGGUUAUUUGGGUACCAGCUACAAAAUGAUUUUCCACUAAUUACCUUUAAAGUACCUUUCCUUUUCAGUUUGAUGUCAUUUCCCUAGAUCAAAAUCCGGGAUCAUGCCUUUACUUUGAAGCAAUAUUGCCUAGCAUUGCAAACGGAUACUAGAAAUGCUAUACAUGAUGAGGAUGAUGAAUGAGAAAUGAUGAUGAUGAAUUGGAAAAAGGUGAAUGGGUAUUUUUUUUUUAUUUUUAGCAUUUCUUUAUUAUUUUCAACGACAAUGUUGCAAUCAUGGUGUCUAGAAUUGGUGCAGGAGAAACCUGGCAGCAAUGCUGCGAAUUACUGAGAGGUACAUGGGAGCAUAGAAAGCUGCCUUAUACUGAAUCAGGCCAUUGCCCCAUUUAGCUCAGUAUUGUCUGCAUUGACUGGCAGCAGCCCUCCAGGGCUUUAGACACAGAGUCUUUCCUUGCCCGACAUGGCAAUCUCUGUACACACUUUCCUCUAAAAUACACAUUUUUGAAUGCCUUGUCCAUUCAGAUGUUCAUGACUGAACACAUGCAGAACUGAUAUAGAACAGGAGGAGGCUGAUCCAUCCAUCUUGAAAAGGCUGUUGUUUUAGCAAGCAUUUAAAGACAUGACGAAGUUUGAACUUGGGGCCUUCUGCACCCAAAGCAGAUGCUCUACCACUGAGCUACGGCCCUUUCCAUGGACUUUUCUGGGAAAGUCUCUGGGGUCUGUAACACUGCUCUGUUUUGCAAUCCUGCACAAGCCACACCACUUAGCAACGCUGAAAAACCUCCUCCUCCAAGGAGAUAGCUUCAGCUCCAUUUUAUAUAAGCUUUGUUUAUUCAAACGGAUGCUUCAUAUGCAUCCCUCCCCCCCACACACACACACUGUUUUAGGCUGCAAUCUUAUGCGGGUAUAGCUGGGAAUAAAUUUGAUCUCAGUGGGACUUAUGUUACGACAAGACCUUGAACUUCCUCAUGAGCAUAGCUCACUAGAAAUCCAAGUUCCCCUAUUAAGAGAGCAGCAGGAUCUUUUGCUGGAGUUACCCGCACGUCACCCCCAGAGCAUGUAUAAAUUUACCCUUAACCCAAUAACACAUACACUGAAAGCAGAGCUUGGAAAAGUUACUUUUUGAACUACAACUCCCAUCAGCCCAAUCCAGUGGCCAUGCUGUCUGAGGCUGAUGGGAGUUGUAGUUCAAAAAAGUAACUUUUCCAAGCUGUGACUGAAAGUAAAAUAAAGAGUUGCAGUUAACAAUGAGCAACUUUCUAACUAUUAUUCAUUCAUUCAGCAACACUGGAUAGACUAAAGCAAAGAGACUAACCCUGUAAACACUUUCACAUUAAGCUCACCCACACAGAAAGAAAAAAAAAGGAAAGAAAAAGGCCCAGAUAGUCACAUAUACCUUUCCUGGAGAGUUGCUGCGAGGCUAAGGCUAAGAGAGAGAGACUUUCAUAUCUAGCCCAAUGAGCAAAAGCUCCGCCCUUUGUAACCAGCGCCAGAUUUGAAAUUUCUCACCCAAAUCCAUAGCUCUGAAAUUGUCCCAAAGAUGCUAGUGUGCGUUGGUAAGAAAAGCAGCGGUUGGAGCCCUCCAGAAGAGGAACUUACUUCCUCUUCUCACUCCUCAUGUUUUAUACCUUUUCCUAACUAAACUGACCCCAAAGUAAACCCAAUGUAAAAGUCUCCAGGAGGAUGUGGACGUGAUAAAUAAGAACAAGGAAAGAAUUUAGGAUAAUCCUGUCAGGGAAUGUGCUGUUUUUCCAGAAACCAUUCCUUGAGGGAUUCCCAGAUAACGACUGCAAUCCUGUCUCCUCCAAAGGCUUAGAUUAUCAUAAACAUUUCCUUUGUUUGAAAGGAGCGCCUAAUCUUACUGGGUGACAAAUCCCAAAUUUUCAUAGGAGUCAGGAAGUCUAUACCUUCAGGAUUGCAAGAUAUGUACUCAGAGGUCACAGAGGGGCUGUCUCCCAGGAAUCCUUGCUGUUGCCGGCUUUCCAAACUCUGGUUCACUGAGAUGAAUCAAAGAUUAAAAAUUCCCAAUAUUUGAUUCCUCAUAACACUUACUUCUGAGUAUGCAUGCAUAAAGUUGCACUAUUAAUUGUUUUUCUGAUGAUUUAGUCCUGCUUUAUUGUUUUGGUGGUUUAAAACCUGAUUUUUUGAAAAUGUUUGUUUUUAUGUAUUUAUGUGCUGCUUUGAAUGCAUUGUUAAAAAUGAGGGGGAAAUGAAUGGUACUGUGAUGUCCCUGUAUAUAUAUGACUGUAAAUAUGGUAAGUGUGGGUUUAUUAGAGUGUAUAUGGUAAGUCGAUUGAGUGGGCUGGAAUGCUGGAGAAUAUUGUAUUAUGAUUGGCUGAGCGUUUGAGUGUCUGAAGGUAUAAAUGAGAGGAUGACAGUUGGUUGAGAGUUCUGUUGGUGGGAGUUCUGAGGGAGGCUGUUGGUUGGUUUUGUGGGUUGGAUUGGAUUAGGCUGGUAGUGAGGCAGGUUAUUGAUGACUAGUAACAUAAAGAGUAACAUCUGAUGAAACCAUACGCUUGUUCAACUAUACCUUUAAGUAAUUUUGUUAUUCCUGUGUAUAUAAAUAAAUAUUUCUUGGUUUACCUAA